AUGGCUUCGUCCAACAGGGACAUCCAAAUGGGCUCGGCGUGGCUGCAGCGCAAAAUCAACCUGCGCCCGCAGCACCGCGGUGUCCACCUGGUCACCGACGAGAUCCUCAAGCCCAUCCCCGAGCUCUGCCAGUUCUCCGUCGGACUCUUCCAUGUACAAAUCCUGCACACCUCCGCAAGCCUGGCACUCAACGAGAGUUGGGACCCUGAUGUCAGGGACGACAUGGAGAUGAUGCUGAAUAAGAUAGUGCCUGAGGGAAUGCCGUAUCGCCAUUCUUGUGAGGGUCCCGACGACAUGCCGGCCCACGUAAAGGCAUGCUUCCUGGGUUCCUCGCUGACCAUCCCGAUAACGGACGGCAAGCUGAACCUGGGCACCUGGCAGGGCAUCUGGCUGUGUGAGCACCGCAACCACGCCGGCUCGCGCAAAGUGCUGGUGACCCUGAACGGGUGCAUGAGGGACUCUAGCCGCAGCCCCAUCUCGCCCGUCUCGCCGAUGGCCUCCACCAGCAGCUAAGGCGGCCGCCGCCCGUGCCCCCCAGCCCCCUGCCUGCCUGCCCUGCCCCCCGCCGCCCCCUGACACACAACACACACACGCCACUCAGACGAAGAGAAUUUUUUUGGUUGGAAAAGAGGCUCACCGUGCGUUCCCGUGGUGCGCGGUCCCCCUGCAUUUAUCGUUUCCUCCUUCUGGUCAACACACUCUACACACACCGACACACACACACAUACAUACACACACACACACACUAAGUCGAGAACAAGCUUUUUUGGCUGCCACCAAUCAAGGGUCUGCACAGCACAAUGUAUGUAGGGACGACGACGGCCGGCGCCCAACGCCUCUCUGAACCGCCACCUUCGAGACCGUCGCGGCUAAAUGGCCAUGAUUGGUCUAACUUUAAAAUUUCCGCUUUUGUCGAGGAAAAUUGGCCCUAGAUUUUCUUUGUUGCCUGCAUCAUUCACUCGUUUUCUGAGUUAUCAGUUUGUUCAGCGUUUCUGCGAUAAUGCGACCGAGAAGUGUCAAAAUUUAAGUUCAGAACGGUGAUCUUUAUUGAUAAAUAUGCUGGAAAUGAUAAUAUUGUCUAAAAUUUAUGUUUUAGUAUAUUUUAAUUCAAUUUUAUCUUGAGCAAAACUUUAUCUCAGUGCUCGGAAUCAUUUUCAGCCCAAACAGAUCACCUUAAAAGUGGCUUUGGUUGGAUCCACUUUGGUGUACAAAUCCACCAAUAGAUGGUGCCAGUGGUUUCUUUUGAUUUUAAUGAACUUCCGCUAUGAUUUACGACUGUAUCCUAUCCUGCUACAUGCAGUCUGCAAAAAGAAUUAUUUCUUAAUACGUGCUGUAAACAAAAAUCAUCUAGCAAAUCGUGUAGAAACGUCAGAAAAGAUUUUUUAUUUCUAAAAAUAGUUUUUCACGAUUCUUCCGCGAUUAGCUUCACCGAUUUUGUUUUUUAGCACGUCAAAUGAAAACAUAUUAAGUGAAGAAUGCACAAUCGUAGGACUGAGUCAGAAAUCGCAGCGAAAGUGCCUAAAGAUAGAAAGUCUUCGGUGGCGCCAUCUGUUGGCGACUUUAAACACUAAGAAUUUACGCAACUGGUGGAUGAACUUUUCAUUGCCUUGAAUUUUCGUUUCGAUUCUACUUCUUACAAAUAAUUGAGCAAUAACUGUUUUGAGUGUUGCACAAAGUAAAGACAAGAUGAUUUUUAUGUAAAAAAUUAAUUAUUUCGUCAAACACCAUAAAACGAAAUAUUAUGUCAUACCUUUCUCUGGCUUAAACACCAAUAAUCUGUUGGCUAAUUUGUCAGAAAGCCUUGUUUAUAUCAUGAACAAAGCAUCACAUCAUUCACCAACUAAUCAGAAUCCUCUAAAAGAGAGCCAAUCUGUGUUGACAUAUUAGCACUAUGAUUAUUUUUCCUAUUUUUCGACAAACCAGAAGGAAUUCCAUAAAUUCGGAAGCGUUAAAAAUAACAAUUUUCAUCAGAAUGAUGCUGUUCCCACACAUUUGUCCCUGUCUCGCAAAAUAAUUCAUUCCCGUUGACCAACAUAAUACCAAUAAUUAUUCUCCUGUUUCGAUUGCCCCCGUUAAAUAUCCUGAAACGAUUUACUCCUGAUGUGGCCGUUUUCCGCGUGGAGAGCGAGUUUGGCGGGGCUGGGGCGGCUGCGGCGGGCCGGCCAGGUGUUUUAAAACAGAGCUGCAAGGCAAUCAAAAGCACUAGACGUCACACACAAUGCGAGCAAUGCCUAAGAACAAAUCCUGUCCGAAUGCUACAAUUCCAUCCAGUUUACGUUGGCUGAUGGCUUCUUAAGAUUAACGAGCGAAAGAGAGAACGUAAGGAAGAAAGAAAGAACGAAAGAAAGAAAGAAAGAAUUUAGCAGCGUGUCGCCGUGUACUAUUCUCAAAUUAUAGAGGCAUGAUUCUCAAAUCAAAUAAUAAUUACGGUUAAACGAGCGUUUUCUACGGGGCAGCAGCUGUUGUUAUACUCUUGCCUUCGGAGCAAAAAGCAAGCAAGUCGUUUUAGUUAGAUAGAGCUUCGUUCCCUGCCUCGGCAUUCCUUGAUGAGUAUUUAUUUAUUUAUUUAUUUAUUUCUAAUUGAUUAUAGACUGCGGUGCGAGUGCUUUUUCACGGGACCCGCUGGUUUUUUCGAGAACUUAACUAAACUAAACUAAAAACAUUCCACCAUUCGACCUGGAGAGUGAGACGAUUUGUUAAUUUUGUGAUAUAAUCUGUUGGUGUUUUUUCCUUUGGAUGUCGUGCGUUCCUGUGAGUGUGCAAUUCUUCUUACACUUGCGUAGCGAGUAGUCCGCGUCUUUUUUAAGUGACAAAACGGCAAAAGUGGAGCACAACAAAACAAAAACUCUCUCUCGUGUUAAGUAAGGAUAAUAUAAACAAACACACACACGCAACACAACACACACAUUACGAUUAAAUUACGAAUUCACCGACACUAAACUUACUAGUCUCUGUCCAAAGAUGCGAACGAGAGAAGAGCGGGGGCCGGACACGUUGAAAACGCCUGCCGCCCUCCACAAUCUCCUCACAACACUUUUUGUAUAAUAUUCGACUCGAGACACGCGCGCAGAAUAUAAAAACAAAAAUAAAAAAGAUGAUAGUUGAUUCAAGAGGAUGGUGGCUGUCAUUGUAAAUUAUUAUUAUACAUAAAAAUGAUUGACGUGCAUUCUUCGUUGCAACGAAGAUAGGUUGUUUUUUGUACAUAGUGUAAAUGUAAAAUAACGCGAAGAAAGACAGAAAAAACGGAGAACAUUGUAUGUAGUGUUUGCUGCCGCCGCUGCCAAUUGUUAAUUAUUUUUCACUCCAACAAACAAACAACCAAAAAACCUACUCACCACACUCACACACACACACACACACGAAAAAUUAUUGAAACAAAAAACACACACAUGCAUUCUAAUACUGGUCCUGGCCCAGGCUAAUAAUGAAUAAAAAUGGAAAUUGAUUUGGGAGGAGGUGCUCCGCAAGUGAAAAUAAAAAAUACGACCCAUCCAAUGACCCAACAGGGUUGGUUUUUAUCAAAGUAAAUUUUAAUCAUGUUGCAAGAGUCACUUUUUAAACGAAUCACACACACACACAACACACACUUAACACGAACAAUUAAGGGAUAUUCUACGCGAAAAUUUACUCUAUUAAUUACAAUUAAUUAUCUCUCAAUUAUUCUUAUUGGCUCAGAUUUGUUUUCGAAGGUUCGGAAAAGCUUAUCUGUACGACGUGAAAAGGAUUAAUGAAAAUUACGAACGGUGGUGCUGCAACGUCACAAAAAAAUAAAUAAAAAGAAUGAACUAUUGACAUGACAAUGUUGCUUGUUACCAUCACAUCAAUAAAAAGUCAUGAUAUGAA